AUGAAUGGAAUUCGAGGGAAAAUGAUUUCAAUUCCCUCGAAUUCAUACGUUUGGUUGGACUUAGAGGAGGGAAAAAGAUUCUUAAAUGAAAUAAAUUUUCCACCAUACAGAGGAAAAAAACCCCCACCACUAUCACUGGCCACAACCACCACCGCUGCCACCACCGCCACCACCACCACCACCGCUGCCACCACAACCACUACCACCGCCGUCGUUGCCACCAUUGCCACCGACCACCACUACCACCGCCAUGGCCACCACUCACCACCACCGUCGCUGCCGCCACCACCACUACCACCGCCGUCGUUGCCACCACCGCCGCCACUGCCACCGACCACCACUACCACUGCGAUGACCACCACUCACCACCACCGUUGCAGCCACCACCACCCACCACCACCACCGUCACCGCCACCCACAGCUACUGCAUGCGAUGCCACCACCAUUACCAUCAUCUUCGUUACCACUGUCGCCGCCGCCUCCGACCACCACCACCACCACCCACUCACCACCACCGCCACCACUACCACUAUAAGCACCCACCACCACUAA